GAUAGUUCGAUUCACCUUCAAUGUGAAGAACCAUACAGUCACACAGUCAUCCUUCGAUGCUCCAUGCUCGAAGAUGGACGGAGGGUUCGACACCGGGUUCACCAAUGCUGUAGGCUUCAAUCAGAGUUCUGAUUUUCCCACGUUCAACUUCACGGUUACCGACGACUCCAAACCGAUCUGGGGGUACUGUCGGCAAGCUCCGCCCCCUCCUGGCCCAACACACUGUCAGUCUGGUAUGGUUUUUGCGAUCAAUCCUCCGUCAUAUGGGAACACCUUCGAGAAGUUCUUGACCACCGCGAAGGCGUCCCACGAGCAAAGUCGGCCUCUAACGCAUUAUGUUACGGUGGGUGGUGUGAAGAGUGACGGCACUCCCAACUUGGCGUAUGACCCGCCCAUCGUGAAAGCAAGCCCGGGCGAUAAAGUUCAUUUUACCUUCAAUGUCAAGAAUCACACUGUGACGCAGUCUUCGUUUGGGUCUCCCUGCGAGAAGCUUUACAACGGCUUCGAUUCUCAAUUCAAUCCUGUAGGCGCGAACACGACCUCGAAUUUCCCCUCUUUUGAGAUCACGGUCAACGACACAAAUCCAAUCUGGGGAUAUUGCCGUCAAAAGAACCCCUCUUCCCAUUGCGGUGCUGGCAUGGUGUUCGCUGUCAAUCCACCGGACUCCGGAAACACGACAUUCGACGCGUUCAAG